CUGUAAUGCAAUUUUGAUAACAAUAUGUACUAAUAUAAAUACCUCAAUAUAGUUACCUGAAAAUCAUUCACAAAAAUGUCUUUACCAAUAAUGAUAAUAAUUCUAAGUUUUACUCUACAAGUUUUAGGGCAUGGCUACAUGUACAAUCCAAUAAAUAGAGCCUCAAGAUGGAGACUCAACCCUUCAGAUUGGACAGUGGGACACGAUUAUGACGACAACCAGUUUUUUUGUGGGGGAUUUUCAGUUCAAUACGAAAUUAACAAAGGAAAAUGUGGCCCUUGCGGUGACGAUUGGCGAGAUCCCAGCCCAAGAAGCAACGAAAAUGGUGGAACUUAUGGAAAUGGAAUAAUUGUAGCCUCAUAUUAUUCAGGCAACAUUAUUAAAAUCGACAUUAGAAUAACAGCCAAUCAUUUAGGAAAAAUCUCUUACCAACUAUGCAAAUUGUCCAAUCCAAACCUGCCAGAACAAGAAAAUUGCUUCAAAAACUUGCAACUAGCUGAUGGUUCUUAUUAUCAAAACAUUGGCCCACUGGAUUUUAAUGUUACAAGUUUUGUCCAGUUGCCCAGCAAGUUUAUUUGUGAAAGAUGUGUGCUUAGGUGGAAUUAUUCUGCUGGGAAUAAUUGGGGCAAGUGCGCAAAUGGUACUUCAGCAGUUGGUUGUGGACCUCAGGAAACUUUCAGGUCAUGUGCAGAUGUCAGGAUUUUGCCGAAUUUCUGGAUGAAUUAUUUGUUCAAUAGAUUAUGAUUAUUGAA